AUGGCGGAGGAGGACGCAGAGAUAGCUCUCUUGCAUCAACUGCAGGCUGGUCAAGAAAGUGUCGCAUGGGGAAACGAGGGAGACAAUGGGGUCGCGGAGGGCGAACUACCUUCUAAUACUGAGCAUAACAACCAAGAAGUCCAAAAAGAUGUUGCUGCAGAUGACCAAGUUCUUCGUGCUUUAUCUCCUUCCGGCGCUGAUGAUGUUUCUGAUGGUGGCGAAUAUGACCCAUCUUCUGUUACUACUCAACCCGCUGUCAUAAUUGCUGGAGAAGAGAACUCGAGAUCCAGCUCUAGAGCAUCUACUCGAAAACGGCGGACCGUUGGAGGUUUCCUGGCGGAUGACUCCGACGACGAGGCUGAUUCGUCUACACCGACUCAAAACACUUCAAGUCUUCUUCAGCCACCUGCAACCAAUUCCGCUGCUGCAAGAACCCCUUCCCCUUUGCACACGUCUGUCACCCAACAAGAUGUUCAAGGCAUAUCAGAGAAUCAAAGUGAUUCGAAGACUGUUCCGCUUCCAUCAAACAUUUCAUCUGUGAAUUCUAAUACUGGCGGUCAAUCUUCUGUACAGGCUCCUGCAAUUUCACUCACUUCAGCAGGUCAAACAGAGAGCGCCUUACCAAAAGCGCGACUUCCAAAUGACAAGAUAGGUAUAUUAGAAGAUAAAAUCAAAGAGGAUCCACGAGGUGAUAUCGACUCGUGGUUAGCUCUGAUCAAUGAGCAUCUUAGUCGCGAUAAACUUGACGAUGCUCGUGCUGUGUAUGAACGGUUUUUCCAGGUUUUUCCUCAAGCCGGCGAAAUCUGGGCAGCUUGGGCGGAGGUGGAAUUAGAGAACGAAGUGCGCCAUGGAGCUGAAACUGUGUUUCAAAAGUCUCUACUCAGCGUGCCUAGUCUCCAGCUGUGGUCGGUUUAUCUCAACUACAUUCGUCGAAUACAUGAUUUGACAAACGACCCUGCUGGAACGGCCCGCGAUUUGGUAUCUAAAACAUACACGUUCGUCCUUGACAACGUAGGUAUGGAUCGAGAUUCUGGGAAAAUAUGGCAAGACUACAUCCAAUUUGUUCGCAGCGGACCUUUCCAAAUAGGAGGGGAUGAUUGGCAAAGUAAACAGAAGACAGACCAAGUCAGAAGUGCAUAUCAGCGAGCAAUAUGUGUCCCUAUGAACAGCGUGAACAACCUUUGGAAAGAAUAUGAUCAGUUUGAAAUGGGUCUGAACAAAAUAACCGGUCGUAAAUUUCUUCAGGAGAAAUCUCCAGGAUACAUGUCUGCUAGAAGUGCCAAUACAGCAUUGGAUUCCAAAACCAGAGGUUUGAUCAGGACCACUUUACCAAAAUUGCCACCUGCUCCUGGAUUUGAUGGCGCAGAGGAGUAUGAGCAGCAGGUCAAGCUUUGGGAGGUUUGGAUCGCGCACGAAAAGGAGGAUCCGUUGGUUUUGAUGACAGAAGAUCCAACACUUUACAGACAACGGGUUUUGUAUGUUUACAAACAGGCUCUGAUGGCUUUGCGAUUUUAUCCUCCAAUGUGGGCAGAUGCAGCCGAUUGGGCGUUUGAAAACAAUUUGUCAACAGAAGGCAAUUCAUUCCUUGACGAUGGCAUUAAGGCGAACCCUGAAAGCUGUUUGCUUGCUUUCAAGAAAGCCGAUCGAAUCGAAGCCAAUCCCGCUACCGCCGAGGGCGCUGAGGGCAACGACCCAGCUACGCAGGGUGCAAUGGUUCGCGCUCCAUUCGAUAAGGUUCUGGACGCCCUAUACGAUCAGAUCAAGCAGCUAAAGACCCGGGAGGCCAGGGAUUUGGCAAAAUUAGAAGAAUCAUUAGCGCUCGACGCAUCAAUUAGCGCCAUUAUCAGCAAAGCAGAAGAUGAUGAGGAGGUGAACGAGUCUGAUAGAAUUGCAAGGGAAGCUGACAAGGCGAACAAGACCAAAGCUAUCCAGCUUGGGUACGCAAGUCAAGCAGAGCUUAUCUCGAGGCUUAUCUCUUUUGUUUGGAUCGCUUUGAUGAGAGCGAUGCGAAGAGUGCAGGGUAAAGGAGGUGUCAAGGACGUCAUUGGAGGAUCGAGACAAGUUUUUGCUGAUGCUCGGGCUCGCGGCAAACUCACCAGCGACGUCUAUGUUGCUAGUGCUUUAAUCGAGCAUCAUGUUUACAAAGAUGCUGCAGGCACAAAGAUCUUUGAGCGUGGUGCAAAACUUUUCCCUGAGGAUGCUACCUUUAUUCUGGAGUACCUCAAACACCUUUUAUCCAUUGGCGAUACAACGAAUGCUCGGGUCGCUUUUGAAACUGCCGUGACACGUUUGGUGAAGAAGCCAGAGCUGGUAGAGAAGUCUAAGCCACUCUACGCCUACUUCCACAAGUAUGAGUCCCAAUAUGGCGAACUCUCACAGAUCCGUAAACUUGAGCAGCGAAUGGCAGAGUUGUUCCCGAAUGAUCCAAAACUACAGCUGUUUGCUACUCGCUAUAGUACUGACGGGUUCGAACCAACCAAGAUCCAACCGAUCAUCUCCCCUAAUACACAGAUGCGUCCUAGAGGCUCCACUGUGCUUCCUUCAAUUGAACACCAUACAGGGCAGCCUUCUAUAACCAACAGCCCUCGUCCACAUUUUGUACAGGAGAAUAGUCCAAGGCCACAAUAUGCUCCGACAACAAAUUCACCUAAACGUCCAUUCCAGAUGGAUGAUACAGAUGAGCUAAAUCGCCCACGGAAGCUUGCUCGCGGGGAGUCGCCAUUGAAAGGAGCCGCGGGUCGGCGCUUAAAUCAGCAAAAGCAGCUUCAGCAAAAUCAAGGUGUACCAACGUGGCACUCGAACGCUCCUCCAUUUGUUAUCCCCAGAGACAUCACCUUCCUUCUCAGCAUCAUACCUCGACGAGACCUAUACAAUGUCACCAAAUUCAAUAGUGAUGCCAUUGUUCGCUUACUUGCGAAGACUCAAAUUCCUGAUUUCAGCUCUUGGAAAUCUUCGCAGAAUCAGCCACCACCACAACAGCAAGUUCCACAAUAUGGUAGGCCUUCCGCUGUUCCGAACGAUCGACCUCAGUCCCGAGAUACUCCUGCGUACAAUUACGCUCCUCCAGAUGACAGGCGCAAUGCCAGCGGCUGGCAAAGCCAGGCAAACGUUUAUGCAGGUGGUCCGAGCCCUGUAACUCAUGAGCAGCGUGAUGCCUUUAGGCCGCCGCCAGCUCAAGCUUUACACCUUCAAGGACUGCCUCCACGGCCAGAAGCCAAUACCGCGGGCUACUAUCAGCAGGAUUAUAGUGGUACUCCUGUCGCUGCCAGUGGAGGUUGGCAGCAACCACCCCAACCCCAAUAUCCAAAUCAAGGUCCAUCUCUUCUGCCUACUCAAACUUGGUAUAAGAAAUCAUACUAA